CGAAUGUCAUGGAUUCCUUUUUAUUAUUAUUAAAAGUAUCGGUAUUUCAGCAGUGCAUAUCCACAUAUUCCUGUCUUUUUUUUCUUUACACAUGUGGCCAUUCAAAUGAAAAAACGUGGCGUAAUAUUUAAUCAUACACUAACGUAGGAACCAAUGUUGGCAUGGGAUCCAAGUCACAACCAGCACGGACUGUGUUUCUGACGGACAACAACACGGAUACAAGUCAGUGCCAGUUCUGUAGCGAACAUCUGGAGUAAAUUGCUAAAGUAUAGGGAUUGAAUUGAUUGUCAUUCGGACCGUUGUGGCUGAAGGGUCUCAGUAGACGGAUAAAUGUCUGAUGCACCAGAACUUCCUAAAAGCGAAGAAGAGGAGGAGGUUACGCCAGAACCAGAGGAACAAUCUGACGACAGCAGUGAGGGAGAGGCUGCAGGAGACGAAGACAUGGACUUCCUGCGCUCCCUCUUCUCCAGGACCUUGGGCCUUGAUUCUGCAGACAAAGUUCUGGAUGAGUUGACUCUGGAAGGAGUGGCACGAUAUAUUCUCAGUGGGAAAUGUAAAAACAUUAUCUGUAUGGUUGGAGCAGGAAUAUCCACAUCGGCUGGGAUCCCUGAUUUCCGCUCCCCAGGAACUGGCCUUUAUGCGAACCUGCAGAAAUAUAACCUGCCCUACCCAGAAGCCAUAUUCCAGAUUGAUUACUUUAAGAAACAUCCAGAGCCAUUUUUUGCCUUGGCAAAGGAGCUUUACCCAGGGCAGUUUAAGCCAACCAUCUGUCACUACUUCAUUAAGCUAUUGAAGGAGAAAGGGCUUUUAAGACGCUGCUACUCACAGAAUAUUGACACACUGGAGCGCGUGGCAGGACUCGAAGGAGAUGACCUGAUUGAAGCCCACGGGACUUUCUACACCUCGCACUGUGUGAGCUUCUGCUGUCGUAAGGAGUACAACCUGGACUGGAUGAAAGAAAAAAUCUUCUCUGAUGACAUUCCCAGAUGUGACAAGUGCAGCAGUCUGGUCAAGCCAGAUAUUGUUUUCUUUGGAGAGAAUCUGCCAGUCCGGUUCUUCACUUCAAUGAAGAUGGACUUUCCUCGUUGUGAUCUUCUAAUUGUCAUGGGGACGUCUCUGCAAGUGCAGCCAUUUGCAGGUCUCGUUGGCAGGGUUUCAAAAAGUUGUCCUAGGCUGCUUAUCAACAUGGAGAAAGCAGGACAGGCUGACCCUCUGUUUGGGUUGCUUGGUUUUGGAGGAGGGAUGGACUUUGACUCAGAUAAAGCUUAUAGAGACGUUGCGCACAUCAGUACGUGUGAUGACGGCUGUUUGGCUCUAGCUGACCUGCUGGGAUGGAAGGCAGAGCUGGAGGAAAUGGUGAAAAGGGAGCACGACCGGAUCGACAGUCAGGACAAGAAGGAAAAGGCCGGCGAGAGCAAAGGAGCCACAGCCAAGACGAGUUCUGCAUCAGUGGCACCAGAACCUAAAAAGGAAGAGUAACCCCACUCCAUAAAAAAAAGAGUAAUAAAAGCUUCUACAGUGGUUCCACAGUUUGAGGUUGGCCCUUUAAGAGGGAAUAACAUGAGUUUUUGUUUGGAGGUGAGGCUUCGUCAGGUGUUGGUUGCAGAGAAAGAUGCUCCUGUUUUCAUCUUUGGACAGUUCCUACCAACAGUCUCAAUGGACAUCAGGCAUCACAAUUCUACACUUCUCUUUUUAUCAGUUAAUUGCACUUUACUGACUUCAUUCUAAUUUCUUUCUUUCUUUUUCUGAUGCUUUUAACUCCACGCAUGAGCAACAGACUGUGGCGCUGUUCGAGUAUAUUUACAUCACAGCAGAUCUUACAGAAUGGGGCUAAUAUCUACAAAAUGAAAGCAGCCUAAUAUGAGUCUUUGGCUUUAUACACUAUCAAAGCUUAACUAUUUUCUCCAAAUGUGUUGGAGUAGUUUUGGACAGAGCUACACAGUCCGUUUUGCUGUAUUUUUUUGUCACUGUUUCCAGUAUAAUCAUGCUUUUACAUUGUAUUUUUUAAUUUAUCUUAUUUGCCACUGAAAUCCCAACAUGAUCAGCAUUUGCAGUUAAUAAAAUGCUUCCAAUUGGGGAACUGAGGGAGUUGCAAACUGGUUAUGUUGGACUUUUAAAAUGUCUUGAUCUUUGAUUGACAGUGGUUUUCAUGUCUACAUUUGGUUCUUACAGAUUUGAUUUCUGUAAUUUCUUUUGAUACAUUGUUCUCCAAUGUUUUUCUUACAGAACUGUACGAGGAGAACAGAUAUGGAAUGCUUAAACUAAUGAGCAGUUCAGUGCAGAAGGCUAACAUUUCAUUGCUAGCUGAAAAAAUUGAUUGGCAUGUGAAAAAAACAGCAGUAGGAACCUUAAUACUUUAUCUGUAUAAUUACAGAAAC